UCAUCAUCAUGGAAGUUACAAGACAAUACAUCACAUUUGAAGGUAUAAGAGUGCCUUAUGGUGUGCACACAGAGGAGAGCUUAACCUAUGCAUGGAAGGAAUUUGAAACACGGGAUGAUGAUGUUUUCAAUGUAACAUAUCCCAAAUCAGGUACUACAUGGGUACAAGAGAUCUUUUCUCUCAUUUAUAGCAAUGGGGAUCCUACACCAGUAAAAACAAGUUUAAGCUGGGAUCGUGUGCCUUGGCUUGAACAGCAUAGUGGACGAAAGCAGCUUGAGAACAGACCGUCCCCUAGACUUAUCACAACACAUCUUCCUUUCCAUCUGUUUCCACAAUCAUUCUUCAAGACCAAAGCAAAGGUAGUCUACACAAUCCGGGAUCCUAGAGAUAUUUGUGUUUCCCUUUUCUACUUCUCCAAAAUUGCACAAUUUAUGGAAUACAAGGAUGACUUCCAGGAUUUUGUCUCUUUAUUUCUAAGUAAAGACAUUAUAUUUGGCGGCUGGUUUAAACAUGUGAAAGGAUGGCUAACAAUUAAAGAUAACCCAAACCUGCUUAUUCUGUCAUAUGAAGAUUUGAUUAAGGAUUUGAAAGGCAAUGUUAUUAAAAUUAGUAAAUUCCUGGGAAAAGAGCUGGAUGAUGCUGCCAUAGACUCUGUAGUAGAACAUUCUUCUUUCCAAGCAAUGAAAGCCAACCCCAUGUCCAACUAUUGUCACGUGCCUAAUGACAUUUUUGACAAAAAUAUUGGAGCAUUUCACAGAAAAGGUAUUGCUGGAGAUCAUAAGAAUCAUUUCACCCCUGGGCAAAAAGAGGAAUUUGAAAAGAUUUACAACGAGUGUAUGAAAGACAUCAACGUUUCCCUUACAUAAAGCAGAAAAUAUUAAUGCUCAUUGUAACUCAUAAGAUAAAAAAAAUACCUGUUCAGACUAUUACUUCUACAGAGUGGACAUGGGAGGGCAAAUAUUACUUGCUUCCAAUAUGUGUACAAAAUGAAUUUUCAAUAAAAAUAUAAAUUUUCCUUCCUAA